UACGGCAGCAAUUCCCGACAUGUCCGAUGUGGAAUUUGAGGUCUGGGAAGAUCUAACAUAGACUCCAGUCAUAGAUCUAACAUAGACUCCCUUUUCCUCCCCACCACGCCCAACUCCCGCAAUGCCCCCCCUAGCAACCCCCGAAACACAUGCCCUGCACUCGACAGCCGCCGACAUCCUCACCCACCUAUCCCGCUCGCAACCCGCCGGCGUGCCCCACCGCAUCGGAAACUGGAACGAGGAGGCCGUGCUGUACCAUGAGCGCAUGACUGAGUUCGUAAAGAAGUAUCAGAGUGGCGAGGCGGAGGUUGCGAGGUUGAGGCGACGGGUUGGCGGGGCGAGGCGGGAGCAAAUACUCUCACAAACCCACAGCUACAACGCCCCCCUCAUGCUUCAGAACCUCUCAACAAAAACCGUCCUCUCCGUCGACGUCCCCGAGCAACCCACCGACACCUACACACUAACAACCGCGCGGGAAACCAUGCCCGUCGUGCGGUGUUGUUGGACGUUUGUGUUGUGUGAUGAUAACGGCAACCCAAUAGAAGACCGACACGAAUACGCUCAUGCACAUGGUUCGAGUAUCCGCUACGGCGAUAAAGUGUGCAUCCUCGUCGAGGGUUUAGGUGACGAGCCCAUGUACUUGAAAUCCGCCCAAACCCACCUCUCAACCAACAUCUCCAAGUACUCGAAACAGCAGGCCGUGUGCGUCGCAGCGGGGCGGGACUAUACCGCGGUGUGGCAGUUGGAGCAUUUUGAGCUUGGGGAGCGGCCGGAGCGGGAGGGGACGGGGAUUGAUGCCCGCCACCCGGUCCUGAUCCGCCAUUGUCUAACGGGGCAGUGUCUUGCUUCGGAUGGGGCUUAUGUCGUCAGAAACGACUUUGGCCUCGAAUACGAAACCACCUGCCACACCUACCGGCACAACGGAACACGCGCCGAACUACCUCAGAACGCGUGGUUCGUGCGGACGGCCGAGAGCGUGCCUGUUGAGGGGUUGCAGUAUUUCCGCAAUCAGGGGAGUCAACAAGGGGGUAGUCAGAAUGGUCAAGGGAGGCAGGGGCAGGGACACCUUGGUGGGAGCGGACGGUAUGCGUAUGCUGGUGGGCGGGAUAAGAUAUGGAUUUGAGGGUCACGUUGUGGUGGGGGUUUAUGUGAUGCAUUGAGGCGGUGGGGGCUGUACAUUCGUGGACAACUGUAUUAGGUGUGCAAAUUGAGCCCGAUAUGAUUUUGUGUGUAUGGCA